CCCGCUCCGAGUGGAUUUAUCCUUUCCGAGAGACACCAUCGAGGAGUCCACGCUGUGGUUUGCGAUGUGGAGCCCGCAAGUGGUUGUGUGCACGCUGUGGCUGCUGCUGCUGCUGCUGUCCACAUCUUUCGGGGCCGAGAGCAAAGCUCGAAGCUGCAGCGAAGUUAGACAAGCGUUUCAUGCCAAAGGAUUCGGUCUUGUCAAUGCGCCUCAUCAGGAAAUAUCAGGUGAGCACCUGCGCGUCUGUCCUCAGGGAUACACCUGCUGCACAUCCGACAUGGAAGACAAGCUCAACCAGCAGAGCAAGAUGGAGUUUGAGAAGUUGGUGGAGGAGAGGAGCCACAACAUGAGAGCGACGUUUGUUUCCAGCCAUAAAAAGUUUGACGAGUAUUUCUUGGAGCUGCUGGACAAUUCAGAGAGGUCUCUGAAUGGCCUCUUCUCAAGGACAUUUGGGAAGCUGUACAUGAAAAACUCGGAGGUGUUCCAGGACCUGUUCACCGAGCUGAAGCGCUACUACACAGGGGGCAACGUCAACUUGGAGGAGAUGCUCAAUGAUUUCUGGGCCCGGCUGCUGGAGCGGAUGUUCCAGCUAUUCAACUCCCAGUACCACUUCACGGACGAUUACUUGGAGUGUGUCAGUAAAUACUCUGAUCAACUCAAGCCCUUUGGAGACGUGCCCAGGAAACUGAAGGCCCAGGUCACCAGGGCUUUAAUUGCCGCUCGGACUUUUGUCCAGGGCCUCAUGGUCGGUCGGGAAGUUGCCAACAGGGUUGCCAAGGUGAACGUUGCUCCGACAUGCGUCCGAGCCUUGACCAAGAUGUUGUACUGCCCAUACUGUCGAAGCAUGCCCGGGCUCAAGCCCUGCCAAAACUACUGUCAAAACGUCAUGAGAGGCUGUCUCGCAAACCAGGCUGACCUCGAUCUCGAAUGGAACACUUUUACCGAUGCCAUGUUGCUGGUGGCGGAGAGACUGCAGGGGCCUUUUCACAUCGAAGCAGUCAUAGAGCCGAUUGACCUCAAGAUUUCCGAGGCCGUCAUGACGAUGCAGGACAACAACAAGAUACUAUCAGCAAAGUUUUUUCAGAGUUGCGGUCCGCCAAAGGCUUCGGGGAUAGGCAGGUCUGCACGUGGCAUUUCAGAUGUGUUCAGCGGCCGUUUCAGACCGUACCCUCCCGAGGAAAAGACAACCGCGGCCACGGAGACAAGCCUGGAUCGAUUGAGGGCUGUCUGGAUGACAAUGCAACACAGUGUGAUUGACAUCAGAGAGAAACUAAAGGUGUCCAAAGGGUUCUGGUCCAACCUGCCAGAUGAUAUCUGCGCCGAUGGCAAAUUGACAGAGUCUGACGAAGAGCAGUGUUGGAAUAGUCACGCCAAGGCCAGAUAUUUCCCAGAGGUGGUGAAGGAGGGACUAACCAACCAGGUGAACAACCCAGAGGUGAACUUGGACAUCACCAGGCCCGACACAUUAAUUCGACAACAAAUAAUGGCCCUGCGUGUCAUGAGCAACAAGCUGAAAAAUGCAUACAAUGGAAAUGACAUCUACUUCCAAGAUUCCAGCGACGAAGGCAGCACUUCCGGCAGCGGCAGCGGCUGCUCAGACGGCUGCACGACGGAGGCCGUCCUGGUGGGAUCCAAGGCUCCUGUGAUCAGGGCCGACAGAAGUGACGUCCACACAGCAGCGGCGGCGGCGGGCAAGACGCUUUCCCACGGACCGUCGCAACUAUUAAUGAUGACCGCCCUCAUAACAUCAUUUAGCGCGGCGCAGCCCAGAUGGAGAUAAUACGAUGAGCGCGAGUUGCUCACUAACUACGAUACUGCCGCGAACAUGUCUGUUUAAGCACGUUCAACGGCUGCUCCCUCACCAGACCUGUCGAAGCUUCAGGAAAACACCCCGUCGAGACUUGCUGACUGUGUGCAAGGACUUGAAACCAGGACAGCGCUGCGUCCUUGUCAUCCCCAACAGAAAUACUUGGUGACAAAACUGAAAAAGCUUUUCACCCCUGAACAAAAAUGGUGGGCGGUCACUCAUCGUUUUAGGAGUGCAUUUUCAGUAUCAUCGCUGGUGACAACUCAUUCGGUGGCGUUCCUGCCUGGUUAUAUUUUCUAGAUAAUGCAGGAAUGUGAUUUUAUUUCCUUCGUACACAACUUCGGGACUGGCGUCAGUUGAUCGUAUUCGACCACCGCCAACCCCCACCUUUGGAUAGAAUAAAAAAAAAUGCUUACUGUGUGCAUGCAAAGAAAUAGUAUUCAAUUCAACGCAGGUUUUGAAAUCUUUUGGCUUUAAUGAUUUGGACAAGAUUAUACACGAGUUGAUCGACAUUUUCAGACAUAGGAAAUCAGUUUGGCUUCAGGCGACUGCUUUCUUUUCGGCAUGUCAUCCUUGCACAUUUCCUCUCCAAAACUGGGGGCUUUUGGACUGCACCGAGGGAACCGCUUUGCACAGAUAUAUUUUGCCGGCUUUUUUGAAUCAUACCUGAAACACAAAUUUGAAUACCUCUUCUUUUUCUCCAAUUAAAUUUGGUAUCAUGCUAGCUAUAAUUGUGGCGGCCCGGUAGUCCAGUGGUUAGCACGUCGGCUUCACAGUGCAGAGGUACCGGGUUCGAUUCCAGCUCCGGCCUCCCUGUGUGGAGUUUGCAUGUUCUCCCCGGGCCUGCGUGGGUUUUCUCCGGGUGCUCCGGUUUCCUCCCACAUUCCAAAAAACAUGCAUGGUAGGCUGAUUGAACGCUCCAAAUUGUCCCUAGGUGUGAAUGUGAGCAUGGAUGGGUGUUCGUCUCUGUGUGCCCUGCGAUUGGCUGGCAACCAGUUCAGGGUGCCCCCGCCGACUGCCCGAAGACGGCUGGGAUAGGCUCCAGCACCCCCCGCGACCCUAGUGAGGAUUAAGCGGUCCGGAAAAUGGAUGGAUAGCUAUAAUUGUUUCCAUUGAAGGUACUGAAAUGGCACGUUGUUGGUUGAGUCAAAGACUAAUAACUCUAAAAACCUAUCCAUGAGAGAUUACUCACUUGCUUUGAUUUUGAUUUAUUCUUAGAAGGCAGUAUUCCAUCUCUAAAUUCUGACCUCUUUUCCCAAUCAGUAUUUACUUCAGUCAUCAGACCGCAGCUUCCAAAUAUAAGGCGCAGGUAUGAUCUCCACAAAGCCAUCGAUUUGAAACUAAGCUGAGAGCAGAGGUUAGAGCCACGUGCCGGUAAUCAAACGACAAAGGUCACUCCGCACUACUCUGUUGAUCUCCUGCAGAUUGUGACCUCAACGUGAUGUAAAAGCUUUUAGGGCAUGGCCAGUUUCACGUGCCCAACAUGUAAUUUAUGUAACCUUGGGUCACGAAAAGCCAAGUUACAGACUUGUUGCAAGGGAGACCAAUAAAAGGGGGCAAAUGUUGACGGUAUCAGGGCGGUGCAAAGUCACGAGGAUGCAGUGUGUCUCAAGAUAAAAACCUGACAAGUGAGUCUCUUUUCCUAAAGCCCUCCUGUCGAGCAAAUUAACAGCUGCGGUGAGCAUCUCAAACAGAUUACACGUUCCAUGUAGUGGGUACGGAACAUUACACCUCUCCUCGCUGCUCUCCAGAAGGAGAUGAAGCGCUUUUCCCUCAUGGCCGUUGUCCUUCAAAAGUUCUUAAAUACAAAACGACAAGCACAAUGGAAAAUAUGGCGCUCCUGUCGAUUCUCUCAAAUGAUUCAAAUAGUUGAGUGGUUGUGGAUUGAGACAUUUGACGCGAAAUAAAAGUAUUUGUAUUUGACCAUAUGGUUUUCCGGAGAGAGUGCAACAAAAAAGCUUGCAGGUCAAGUCAGAAUGAGAAGCAGAUGAAUUCUCUCAUCUCUUUCCGUGCAGAAAGUGUAUUAACAGGAGGCGGCCGGCAGAUUCCAGGCAAACUCACCAUGGUGCAAUUGAAUCAGGGACAAGACUCCCCAGUGUGAAACAGAGAGCCAUACAGAAAUAGAUGAGCAGCACAUUGCGUAGUUGGGGACAUGAAGCUCAAAACUGUUUAGAAGUGCUCAUUUCUCAGCAAGUACACCGCUCUCAACCCGACUGCGCUCCCUCCUACGUGCUCAAGUCAGGAGGUGAGCGGCAUUUUGGACCAACUGGAGACGCUUGAGGGAUGACUGGUUGACUCCAAAAUGAAAUACGUGAAAGUAAGACAACAGAGAUGUUAGAAAGGCACGGAUUAGUGUUUUUAUGAAAGGACAGGCUUUUGUUUAGCAGGUGGCCUAAAAAUGUGUUUGUUUUUAAAGCUUGAUUUAAUCAUCUUCAUCUUCCGUACCGCUUGAUCCUCACUAGGGUCGCGGGGGGUGCUGGAGCCCAUCCCAGCCGUCUCCGGGCAGUAGGCGGGGGACACCCUGAAUCGGUUGCCAGCCAAUCGCAGGGCACACAGAAACGAACAACCAUUCGCACUCACACUCACACCUAGGGACAAUUUAGAGUGUUCAAUCAGCCUGCCAUGCAUAUUUUUGGAACGUGGGAGGAAACCGGAGCACCCGGAGAAAACCCACGCAGGCCCGGGGAGAACAUGCAAACUCCACACAGGGAGGCCGGAGCUGGACUCGAACCCGGUACCUCUGCACUGUGAAGCCGACGUGCUAACCACUGGACUACCGGGCCGCCAUGGCGCCACCAAUUAAAAAAAAAUCACUGUCCAAUUUGAAAUCCAGAUUCUAGACUGCUGGCGUAAGAUGAUAAGAGGCCAGUGGAGCUGGGUCAACAGGAGGAGGUAUAUAAGGGGGAUAUCUGGGGACCAUAAUUCAUUUGGAAGGUUGAGGUUCAAGAGGUUUCGUGCCACCCAGGCUUUAAUUUCCUACAGACAGGACAAAAGUGGCCUAAGGAGAAAGGGUCCUUUUUGCUUUGCGGGAUAUAGAUCUGACUGUCAUCCACAAAGCAGCGAGAAGAAGUAUCAUACUUUCUCAAUAUAGUACAAAGGAAUGAAAACAGCAGGAGCUCCGAAAUUGAACCCUGUGGAACGCCAUAACGCAGUGGGGGCAGAGUGAGACUCGGAGCAACCAAGGCUAACACAACAAAUAAAUAAAUAAAUAAACCCUGCCUGGCGGCCCGGUAGUCCAGUGGUUAGCACGUCGGCUUCACAGUGCAGAGGUACCGGGUUCGAAUCCAGCUCCGGCCUCCCUGUGUGGAGUUUGCAUGUUCUCCCCGGGCCUGCGUGGGUUUUCUCCGGGUGCUCCGGUUUCCUCCCACAUUCCAAAAACAUGCGUGGCAGGCUGAUUGAACACUCUAAAUUGUCCCUAGGUGUGAGUGCGAAUGGUUGUUCGUCUAUGUGUGCCCUGCGAUUGGCUGGCAACCGAUUCAGGGUUUCCCCCGCCUACUGCCCGAAGACAGCUGGGAUGGGCUCCAGCACCCACCGCGACCCUAGUGAGGAUCAAGCGGCUCGGAAGAUGAAUGAAUGAAUGAAUAAAUCCUGCCUGCCACAUAGGAACUAAACCACUGCAGGGCGCUCCCACCAAUGCCCGCCAUGUGUUGUAAACGAGCCAACAUAUGCUGUGCCGUUUCAAAUACCGCAGUCAGGUCCAACAAACUAGAUGUGCACAGUCUCCAGUGUCAUUAGCCAGGAGGAUGUCAUUAAAACCAUGUAGCAUCAUAAACUCUGACUGGAAACCUCGAGUUGAAAUGUUCUGACAUUUACUUGGAGGAUAGACAGACAGAAAAGGAUCUUUUGUCACCUCGGUGACUCACGUCGAAUGAUAUCGCCGCAAUUUAAAUUGAAAAUCCUUGAGAUUCUAUCCAUUUGGCGUGAUUUUCAUAAAUUUCGUUUGUCAAAAAUAAGGUGAAUGACAAUGCAGUAAAUUAUGGGAUAGCGUCAUUUACAAAGUGUGCCAUCGGAUUGAUACGUUGUCAUCCUAUGCUGCUCACAGCCCCGAGAAGGCAUAUUUGGAUGAAUCCUGGUCACUGCAGAGCACAGCAUCCCUCGGAAUUCACCUCCAGUCUUUUUCUGAGGGAGAUGUCAUGUUUUUUUCAGCUUUUCCGCUUUAACAGCUGUGUAUGAGCAUCUGUGGCUUUGCGAAGGCCGACACACCUGCACUCUUCCGACUCCAAACACGAUGGUUGUCUGGAAAGAGGGUUUUGGCUGACUUAGAAUAAGUAGGUCCUUAUUGGUGUCCCUGAAGUGAUGGGAAGAAAAAUCCAAAAAGACUUAUUAUAUGCAGUCGGUCCAACCCCACCACCCCGCCCCCAAAAAAUAAAAA